AUGGCCUCCAAUCCUUCUCCAGACAUUGCUACUCCAGAAAAUGGAAUCACUCCACAUAACGUCACCCUGCAUGUCUUGUGCCCAUCUCUCGAAAGCACCAAUCGCUUUACCUACAAUGAUCUUCCCCUCUCCACUACUGUUGGUGCUCUCAAGGCGCGCUUGACAGAUUCUAUUCCAGGACGGCCUCCUCCACAUACCCAGAGACUCAUUUUUCGUGGACGCGCCCUCCUUGAUGAUGCUGUGACACUACAAACUUCAGUCUCCCAGAACGCCGAAUACUCUCUGCAUCUUGCCCUUCCACCGCCCUCGUCUACUACAUCAGUUAGAUCCGCCAUCCCAUCUGGUUACAACUCUCCGGCGACCCGAAGCCAACAGGACGCCUUUGCCAGCAGUGGGUGGGCACCUCCGGCACAGAACUAUGGGCAAACUCUAAGGCAUAGAGGUGGAAUGCCUCCUGUUGUGCCACAUGAGGCAGAGCUCUCACUUGCUUUGCAGCGCAACAUCGAGAUUGUUCGUCGGAAUGUCGAAACCCUGGAAGCGAUACAGCAGAACAGGUUCGCAUCGCAGGGAACUCCCAACCAAGCGACCUCUACUACUGGCUCUGCCUCGCGGCCAAAUCCAUCUAAUAUUGCUCAGUCCUCACAACUGCGAACCGGACUGUACCAAUCGGGACCUUUUCCCCCAACAGGACAACCUUCAUCGUUGAAUCCUGCGCCACAUGUGUCUACUGAUUUCCGAACUCUCCGUUCUUGGCCCGUUAGAUCUUGGCCUGCUAUAAGAAGUCAGACCACAGAUUCUCGAGUUCGUCUAGAGCUCCUACAGCUUCAGGUAGCCCAGGCUGAGGAUGAGCUUCGCCUGGGAAUAGCGCCACCGGCAGAUCGGAUCAUUCGAAUCCGCAACCAACUAUGCGAGCUGUUGGACGAUCAGUAUAGUGAUCUCAAUGGCGAACGCAAUGGAGCCAUUGAAUCACUGCUCACACGCAUUUUUAACGUCUAUAGUCGCGCGGACCAACUCCGGAUCACUCAUUCUAGACUCCGAACUCAAACCCCGAUCAGCACCACCCCUGCAAAUUCCGAGCAAGUACGUUCGCCUAUAUACCUUGUUCAAUCACGAGACGGAUACCAGGGCGUGCUUGCAUCCCCUGGCGCAUCGAACUCUAUCCAGGCCACGCUUGAUUCAUUGCGUACAGCGCAAACUCCUGAGACUGCAACUAUUCCCGUGCCAGGUCAACCAGCAGGUCUACGCGCGAAUCCUGAAGCUGUGGUAAUGGAAAAUGCUGUCCGUCAGGCCGUGCUGAACCAGCGAGCAGGGAACGAUGGACCAGCAGGCUUAUCUAGACACAUCAGACGCAUCUGGCUGUUUGUCCGGCUCUAUUUCUUCUGCUACAUGUUUAGUGACUCGGGUACUUGGUUGCGAGUUGUCUAUGUGACUCUCGCCGUGGUCAUUUCUCUUCUUUCGGAAACUAGUUAUCCUCGACACCUGUACAAUUGGACGAUUGCUCCAGUGCAGCGUCACCUCGAGGGACUGGUGCAUUGGGCUCCUGAUACUACCGCCGAUACCACCAACCGGGCGGCUGCUGGUACCCACGGCCCAGGAGCUGACCGUGCCACUCUGCCAGGCCAACUACGCCAGAACCUCCGACAAGUGGAGCGAUCCCUUGCACUCUUUCUUGCCAGCCUGGUUCCAGGAGUGGGUGAAAGACAUAUUGAGGUGCGCAACGCAGCCGAGGCCGCUCGUAAUGCGCAGCUUGCACGAGAGGAAGAAGAGCGCCAUAGACAGCAGGAGACGGAAGACAAUACCGAGCAGCAGCCGACCCGUGGGGGUGAAGCUGCCCAAAACGAGCAAACUGCGCCAGCUGAAGAGAACGCGCUGGCCGCAAACGAACUUGACCCUUUGAUACCCCCUGAAGAUAACUAG